GAUUCUCCACCGUCCUUAAAAGUAAAACCUCUCGUAAAGAUACAGACGUGAGAAGGAAGAGGCAAAUCCCAGGCUGAAUGAUGUUAGUGGGGAUGAAUACAAGCAAUUAAACAAAUAAAAAAUGUUCAUCGUGGCUCAGUGUGAUGCCAGACAGAACGGAUCAGGAGAGGAACACAGCAGACCCUGAUAUGGUCACGGAGAAGAGAUCUUUGGAGACAGGCUUCCAAUAACCAACGUAUAAAGAUCAGUGGGUCUACCUUUCCAAGAGUCCUUCAAAAGACCUGCCUGUUAGUUAAAAAAAGAACAACCAAAGUAACAGCACACCAAAGAAAAUAGACUGUUAAAAUACACAGCACCCAUAUCGCAACCAUGAAAGAAGAGGAGAACAUUCUGGAGUGCAGCGAUGUAGCCCCUGAACCAUCGUCCAUUGUGACUUUUGAAAACACAGCUCAAAAAGCUUCAGGAUCAAAAAUAGCUCCUCCUGUUGCACCCAAACCUGCUUGGUUUAACCCGAGUCUGAGGAAAAUACAAGUAAAUUCAGAUCAGAGGAAGCAAACCAGUGAUUCAAAGGAGAUACCUGAGGCAGGUGUUACCAGAAGCUUUGAAGGCAGGUCUACCUCAGGUACUGUUAGCAUGUCAUUCAAACAAAAGAUUCGUUCUUUUGAGACAUUUUCUACUGCAGAAGCUCAGGAAAAAAGAGCCAGCAGUAGGUCCACUCCCCAUUCCAACUUGCAUACUUUGUUAAAACAGGAGUCUGAAAGUGCCUAUCAUUCUUACCCUGCCUCAGACAGACAUGAUGGCAAGAGCAAGAGCAAACAGGACACCCCAAGAGAAAUGCAGUCAAAUAAGUCAACAUUUGUUGUAAAAGAGAACAUCUCUGUUCCACCUUCUGUCAUCACAUCAGCUAUGGACCAAGAUUAUUGUCAAUCUAAAGCCAAGAUGUCUGAAGAUCAGCUUUCUUGCUAUGAGAUAGGUAUUAAUAACCUACUGUCUGACACCACCUGCUUUGAAACUGGCUCUGUAAUGGAUGAUGCUAAUUCAGUCUCUGUCCAUGAUGGUUGUAAACUCCAACCAUCCGAAAAGGAAUCUGAGUCAGAGAAAGUGGAUAUCAGCAGAUCCAGUGUCUUACCCUCUGCUUCCUCAGUGAGAAUGAAUCAAAAGGAAGGAGAGAAAAAUUUAGAUGAGAACUCUGGAAAUGAUUGUGAAGAGCGUCUGAGAACAGCUCAGAACACUUUCCACACAACGGAGUGUCAGCCCCAGAAGAGCCAGGAGGGAGAACAUUUUGGAAAAAUUAUCGCCUUCAGCAAUCAGGUUUCACAAGCAAUAUUGCGUUCCCUUCCUUCUUCUGACCAUGGCAACCCUCAAUCCCAAAAUUUUCUGGAGACUCCACUUAAAGAUACUGAUAAUCCCCAAGAGUCUGAGCUGGGUAAAGACUGCACAAAUAAAGGUUUCUCUGUCAGCCUAGCCACUCUGACGGAAUGCACCAUUGAGCAAGGAAGGCAGACCUUUGACCGAGAAACCUACGCUCAUUCUGUCAUCUCAGUUAUCCGUUCUCAGGAAAUACAGAAGAUGAUUGAGGAAGUUGAAGCUUUGGAUGAAGAGACACUGAAGCAACUACUGAACAUCCAUGUUGUGAUUCUGCACAAAGACGUAGGAGCAGGUUUAGGCUUCAGCAUCGCUGGAGGAUGUGACCUGGAGAACAAAGCUCCAACAGUGCACAAGGUGUUCCCCUGCGGACUUGCAGCUCAAGAGGGAACCAUUCAAAAAGGAGAUGUGGUUUUGUCCGUUAAUGGUGUAACACUGUGUGGUGUCAAACACAUGGAUGCCACUGCUAUUUUGCGUCAGGUCCGUAAUCAAACUUUGGCUGUGGUAGUCAUCUGCAAGAGAACUAACAAAGAGGAGAAGGAUGGAGGAAACAGGAUGGGAGAGGAAAUAGUGGAACAGGAAGUCCCACUGAGUGUUGAUGUGGAGAAAGGCACUGGUGGAAUUGGCUUUUCUCUGGAAGGAGGAAGAGGAUCAAUUCAGGGAGACAAACCCUUAGUCAUCAACAGGAUAUUCAAAGGUGGAGCAGGAGAGCAAAGCGGUUUGCAAUGUGGAGAUGAAGUUCUGCAGGUUCAAGGAGUGAAUCUGCAGGACAUGACCAGAUUUGAGGCAUGGAAGAUGAUCAAGGCUCUGCCUGAAGGGCCUGUUACACUUGUAAUCAGGAGAAGGCAGGUGGCAGAGGACUGAAAGUCAUGAAGCGCCUUGGAAAAAAUAUCCAUACCUAUUGAGCAUUUUCACACUUUGUCACGUUACACUCAAAAACAUCUGUUGGGAAUUUAUGUUACAUAUUGAUCAACAUUAAACAACAUAGAGCUGUUAAGUUAAAGGAAAUGAAUAACUUGUUUUCAAAAUGUUUUCCAAAUAUAAAUGACUAUCAGCUUCUUUACCUUUCCACAAGAACAUUGUGGUUUUGGAUUUCAACAUAAAAUCCAGAACCAAUUAGUUACAGAAGUUCCUAUAAUUAAUAAAGAAGGUCCUACUGUGUUUAGUUUACUAUGAGCAUAAAUCCAGGUUCUGUUUGGUCUUUUAUGUAACAUAACACCAAGUUUGCAAUAAAUGUUAUCUUGGCACUUACAGGAAAAGCACAUAUACAUACAGACUGGUUCAAUGGGUUGGGCAGAACCUCCAGGCUUAGAUUAGAGUAGAUUUGUCUCUUAGAAAGGAGACUUUAAUCUGAGAAUAUGUAGAAAGACUUACAGAUUGAUGUUUCCAGCCACGUCGCCAUGCUUGAGCUGUUCUUCAAAUAAUAACCAUCAAAAUCCCAGAAAUUCCACAUUAAAUACACUAAAGUUUGAGGUUGUAACAUGUCAGUUGGGAGAAAAGUUAAAGGAGCUUGAAUAUUGUUGUGUAUGAAGAUGGUGACAAAUUAAUAUGACAAAAAAUUGCAAAAUUGCUUCCAAGUCUGUAAAAUAUAUCCAUUAAUUGUUUGAAUAACAUCUUACUUUUAUUUCAAAAGAAUACAGGAGCAAAAGAGCUAAUAAAUACAUGUUAAUUAAAUGACCAACAGAUCUUUUAAAUUAAAUUCCUCUUUCAGAAUAAAAACACUGAAAACAGUCCUUUCUUAAAAUCAACGCUCUGUAGUGCCAGUUCAGUCAGAUUUCUGAUCCUGGACACAAAUGGAACAUUAGGAUUGUUGUAUUUACUGGAUUGGUUUAAAUGAUAGAUCUGCUUUAUAAUACAACAUACAGUAAAAUAUGGUUGCAUGGCACAUGCAGUAUGGAUUACUGUACAGACUUGCACUUAUCUCUAGGAAAAUAUACUGAGUUCUGGAUAUAAAUUGGUUCUAUUUCUGCAAUUGGGCACAAGAAAAAUCAGCUUAUUAUCUGUUUUUCAAUUUAGUUUUGGAAAUAAACCUGUGUGUGUUUUCUUCUUAUGGGUCGUUCAUAUGGAGUUACAUUUGUUUCACAAUAUUUAAAAAAUCACAUCAAAUAAAAGAAAUAAAAUUGUGGUCAAAAUUAUAGGAUUUGCAAUAAUUUUGUUUCAAACAAAAAAAAACUCAGAAAAAAAAUCUGUGAAUCUGAAUCUGUGGUCCAAACUUUUUGAAUUGUAAUAAUAAUAAGUUUUUUUAUUAUUAUUAAAAUCACUCAUUUUUGUUUCAUGAACUGAAAAAGUUAUUUGUAGAACAUAAACUUUGAUUUGUGCAUGUCACCAUUUUCUGGUUGAUAGCCUAAGUGUUUAGUUGCGAUUCUCAAAGUUUUGUUUGAUGCUCCCCUUUUUUUGGUUGAACUCAAUGAGUUUUGAUUGCUAGAAAUGUAAAAAUCUAAAGACGAAAGACAUAAGAUGUGUCCAUAUUGGUUAGCGUUGAGUAAAGCGGAUCUCAGAAGUUUGUCCUGAACUGCAGGGUUUGCUGCUUCGCUUCGGUGACUGGACACACAAUGUGAAUGAUAAGUAAUCUUCAAAAAAUUUCAGUUAACAGCUACGAAAGUGUCCACUCUUUUUUCAAAGAAAUCUUACACAACUUAUGACAACAGUCAUGUAUCUUGUGUGCUGCGAUCCCCGUUAGCAUAUUAUGCU